AUUGUUCCACCUCUUUCGGGGACUUCGAAAUUUGACGCCUCAUAACCGCUCAUUUCGAUGUCGAGUAUUUUUCAAGGCCUUUUCCGUUUGGGCUCCACUCUUCAUGAUGCUCACACUCUCUAAGCCAGCGAAGUGGGAUUUCGACGUCAAAACCCAUGACUACCCCCCACCAUUCACAACUUCCACCACCACUCGACAUUCACCAAAACUCAACGGCGGGCCAUCGCCUCCCCAUACGGCUGGGCCCAACUACGCCAUGAACACAUCUCAUCGCGGAUUACCUCCGCCAUCGGCAAUGACAUUGCCAGAUCCAGGACGUGGUCCUCCACCAAUACAGUCUUCCAUGGGAUCAUCUUCCUUGGGCGCAUUACCACCGGCACCGACUCAAUGGCAAGGCUCUGAAGACGGCAUGAAGAAUUGGUUAACGGCCAAGGCUGAAGAGGAGAAGAGAAAGCAGGAGGAGGAAAAGACUCGUCAGGAGAAUCUGAAGUUGGAACAGCGAAAGAUUGAGCACUCAAUGCUUCGUGAGUCUAUGCAGGGCGGUAUUCCACCACAUCUUGUCCCAAUCAUUUUUGCUGGUAUCGGUGGAGGGAAUCUUGCCAACAUCAGUGCCGAAUGGAUUCAGCAAUACACUGCACAGGUGCAAGCCGCGCAUCAGCAGGCUCAGGCUCAGGCGCAAGCACAGCUAUCUCCCGAACUUCGACGAGAAACGAGAUUACUGGGUCAACAGCCGCAGACAGUGUACGCUGGACAGCCUCCAGUAUCACAAACCAUCCUUCCGCCAACUGCAGUGCUGCCAGGGCAGCCUCUUCCAGCACAGUCACAGCAGUAUGCUAGCGAAAGAGCACUACCAGGUCCUAGCCACGCUGGUCCGCCUACGUCUGCUCCUCGUCCUCUCCACCGGUCGCAGCUACCGAAGCUCACCACGAAUGAGAUGCAUAUUCAACAACCAGCAUCGGCGCAACCGGGCGUGCAGCAACUGCAACAAACUCAGAACGCGCAGGAACAAUCUUCGCCUUCGAUUUACUUCCACCAUUGGGUGCCCCCAACAUCACAACAGGAGAAAAACACAAGCGGAAAUCCGCCAGCGACGCCCUCAGGUAAAUACAAAUCUUCGCCCUCUACCUCAUACCAAUCCCGUCAACGUGCGACGUCUCAUGCGUCUGACCGUGAGUACAUCAGCUCCCCCAAAAAGCGGAAGGCCCAAGGCCCUCACGCAGCGCCACCGCCCCCAACAUCGGCACCCCAAUCCUAUACAUCACCAUCCUUCUCGUAUGUAUCGACGUCAUCGACAUCAACGCCCGGACGACGAGGACAUGCACGAGCCCGUUCAGAUGCAUCUGCACGAGGUGCAGAGGGUACUAUGAGCCGUCGUAGUACGGUAUCUGGUCUGGCAAAUGAGACACGGCAGAGUUACAUUCAAGAUCCCCCAAGAGCACCAGAGGGAAGGCAUCCACACAACCCAGAUGCGCCAUAUGGCACUCCACCACAGCGGAGUGAAUCGCGAGGCUACGUUCAGCAGUCUCCAGCACCAAAUGCUGGAUCGGGCCAACCUGAAACACCGAAGUACGGGACGCAUCAGCAAUGGAGUCGUGGAUAUCACCCAUCUCCCAAACGGGAAGCUGAUCGUUAGGCCAAAAAUUAGAGCUCAGCAUUACAUUCGCAGCCCGUUUCCGCAACCAUUACCGUCCCGCUUUUUGAUGGACGAAGAAAUCAAGAUCACGCGAGUUGCGGUAGGAACGGUAUUUGUCGCACGUCAUCUGGAGGGAAGGACGCCACAAUCAAUCUCAUGUUUGCAGUCUCGAACUUGCAAGCAUGUCAAGCGAAAUGAGCUCCACAAACACCCAAAGUCCCCUCAUCUUGAACGCGAACGCACGGCCCCCACCCCACCAAGGAACAACCUCUCAUCUCUUGAGAUUGCAGCGCAAUGUCGUUUACAGCAAUGUGCACCAGCACCAAUGGGCAGGAUCGAGCAUGCGGCUUACCAGU